AGCCAGUGACACCGAGAGCAACCGGUUGCACCAAUGUUGUGCCUCCUUUAAAUGUCCAAUGACUUUCCAGCAAGGAGGCGGUGCAUGUGGUGGACCUCGUCCGGGAUCGAGCACUAGCCUGUGAUUUUCAUUCUUUUCACUAAAAAGAAGAUAACACGCAUAUGAUUUUCCAUAGGUUCGGUAGCUAGUUGGAGGAAUGAGAGCGGCUUUAUGUUUGGCUCUAAAAAUGGGACUGUUUUUGCAUGCGAUAGGGGCUGUCACCCCCACCGAGUCAACAGCAGACGGGAGCCUGUUGCACUGCGAGGGCGUGAGGAACCAGAGCUACGUCUGCGAGUCCGGCCACUGCUGUGGAGAGUCACAGUGCUGCAGCUACUACUAUGAACUGUGGUGGUUCUGGCUGGUGUGGGCCCUCAUCUUCGUCCUGAGCUGCUGCUGCGUGUGUCACCACCGCCGCGCCAAACACCGGCUGCAGCAGCAGCAGAGGCAGCACGAGAUCAACCUCAUCGCCUACAGGGAGGCCCACAACUACACCUCAGUGCCCUUCUACUUCAGGUUUCUACCCAACUACCUCCUGCCAGACUACGAUGAAGUGGUGAACCGGCCGCCCACUCCUCCCCCACCCUACAGUGCCUUACACACCAGCCCCUCCCUGGCCCCCAGCCCCCUGACCCCCGACCAGCAGGACGUCUGCUGCCCCCCCAGCCAGAGCACUGCUGUGCCCCCUGCCUCCGACCCCCGCUGGCCCAGCCUGGACGAGCCCCACCCCCACCCACCCAUCACCAUAGGCAGCUACAGGCAGAAGCCUGACGACAAGCCUCUGGCUCAGGCCCCACAGGAGGGAGACUCCCUGUCCGGAGGUCCCCAGGAACGGCUCCCGUCCGACGGGACGGCCGGCCCGGAGAAGGGGGAAGACUGCUGCAAGGAGCCCCUGCUCAGGGACACGGGGGGGACGGGGGGGGGUACGGAGGACAAGGAGAGGGUGUCCGGCAGCGGGGGGGGCGGGAGGAGGCGGAGGUUCACGGGGGACUCGGGGAUCGAGGUGUGCGUGUGUGGCCGGAACGGGGGAGGCGGUUUUGGGGGAGGAGGAGGGAGCCGGGAGGACAGGGAGCUGAGGGAGCUGGAGAGCCUGCUGAGCCGCGAGGAGGAGGAGGAGGAGGAGGAGCCGAGGGACUUCUGCGACGGCUGUAGUCAUCCUGCCCCGACGGGGGACGAGGAGCAAGCGCCGGGGGGGCCGGAGGCGGGGCCGGAGUGCGGGCCCUCCACAGCGCCCCCGCCACCCGGGGCCCCGCCCCCGGUGUGCCUGCUCCUUCACACCAUCAACGAGCAGGAGGGGCUUCACCACGGCAACAGCACUGAGCCCCAGGGCUGAGCUGACCAAGCCAAGCCCAGCUACGCCUUCACCGAGAAGGGGAGAGGAAAGAGAUAAGAGAGACCAACAGAAGACAAUACAAGACGUGUGUGUGUGUGUGUGCGUGUGUGUGUGUGUGGGGGGGUGGGGGGUGGGGAAUGCCUUUCAAGAGACUACUGCGAGCGUGUUUUUCCGUGAGAAUGUAAUGUGUUUGUCUGAGGUGUGUGUGUGACUAUUGUGAGCUCCCCAGGCCAUACUGUCAUGGCAGCCUUACUGCAUAAGAGAUGGAGACUCAACAACCUGUCACACAGGUCAGGCGACGCAAAUGUCUUCAGUGAGAAAGCUUCCCCCUUUCCUUCCCCUCCCAGUCCUUGACCAGAGGAAUCAGGUGACACGGUGUUGAGACUCACACGGGGUGCCACGCUGUCGGGUCAACGAAACGGUCGACGACUGACCACGCUGGGAGGCGACAGCCGUUCUGACGCCUGCUUCACACCAUUGUGUCGUCUUGUCACAUACCCAACCAAUCGCGGCUCCUUCCUGUGCUGCGGUCGGAAGUGAGGGAGAAUGGUACUGGACCACCAAACUGGGACAGGAAGAUUGUGGAUGUGUGGAGAGGUGCGCUUUUCUAGUUUGAAACAGGGCAGGGACACCAAGCACAGGACCUGUGUGGGAGGUUGUGGUAGAAGACUUUUUGUCGCUUCUUAAAGUGCUUUCUAGGAGGUAACACCACAUGUCACAUAGCCAUGUCUUCCCCCCGUUUGUAAUUGGGAGGGCUGGAAGUGUGAAGCUAUUUUUAUUUUGCACAUAAAUAAUUAAGAGCUAUAAAAUACAGAUUAGUCACACUAAGAUCAUGUUUUGACAAGUCCAGUCUUAAUUUACACCAAAGUCUGUUAUCGUUCCGUUUUGUAAACGUGUUCAUGUUUUGUUUGCUGCGGUGUGAGAUUAAAUCAUACAUCGGAAAGUGCAUGUAACGCUAUGUAGCGGUUAUCAAUGACGUCCUCUCAUCAAGGCCCCUGAUUGGCCCUUUCUCUCAACGAUGGUUUACCCCAUUGAAUCAAUGAUUGUACUCUGCCAGAAAAAAAAUAAGCAUUUCUGUGUUUGUUAGAGCAGUUAGAGGCCUUACGUCAUUUAACUUUAAUGGCUUGAUUAAAUAUUAUGCUAAAAUGUAAAUUGAAGGUCUGUAUGAGAAAACAGGUACAAUAUACGUUUCUAAAAAAAAAAAAAAGAGUUUGAGUGAAAUGUAACUUGUAUUCAUUGAAUUGAUGUUACUAGAACUGUCAAGCUUUUACAGAUAAUUGGACAUAAAUGUUUAGUGUACAUUUAAUUGUUUGUAAAUCCAUGGCCUUGCCUUAAUAGUUCAAUGAUGCUGAGAUAUUGUAAAUGACUUGUAAUGCUCACAUAUCAAGCAUCAUAAUAUCUUUGCAGAAUGUUUUAUAUGAAUCUUUGAGCACACCUACAAAGCACACCAUUCUAAUGGAAAUACACAAACCCAGCUACGAUGGUUGUAUACAAGUAACAUCACUGGUUGUUUCAUUUUGACAUUUGUGGUUUAAACAUUGUGGGGCACUGUUCUGCGAUUUUCUUACCCACGAACUAAAGCUCAAAACUAAAGCUAUCAGUUUUCAAGACAAUUUAUAGACUUCCAACGACACAAUAACUGCUGGUAUUUGAAGCAGAAUAAAAUAUGCAUCUCUUACAUGCAUUUCCACACUAUACUAAACCACGCGGGAGUGAACCCUAUAGCCUACUCUAUCCCACCAACCGCAGAUGAGUUAUGUGAUGGACACUCGAAUAUGUCAAAGCUUCAAGGGUAUUUACAUGUCCGAUCAUGUUUGUUUUCUCGUGUUCUGUAUGCAACCCAUCACCAGCUAAAUAGACACGUUCAAUAAACAUACCCUGAAAUGCCAA